UUAUGCUGUCCCCCGAACCGCUUCUGGACGAUUUGCAUCAUGGCCCCUACUGUUCACUCCCUACCUCCUCCUCCCGGCUCCGACAUCGACUUCGGAGCCGUGAUCGAGAACAUCGACCUCGAGAACUUGACCGAUGACGACUUCACCAUCAUCCACAAAGCCCUCUACGAGAACCUCGUUGUCGUCGUGAAGAAUCAACACCACCUUUCCCCCAAGGCCCAGUACGAGCUCACCCGGCGAUUCGACCCCUCCGCCUCCCAGUACGGCCACGGCAAGACCAUCGAUGGGAAGCGCAGUAUCCUGCACCCGGACCUCAAGACCGUCCCCCAUCAACCCCAGGUCCAGGUCAUCGGCCAUGGCUUCGUUGAGUCCUACGAGGGCCUGUCCAACAUCCAGCUGAAACACCCCCACCACCGCACCUUCCAUCGCGACGCCAUCCCCGACGAGGAGGACUACGACUUCACCCGUUUCUACCGGUGGCACAUCGACGCCGCGCUCUACGAUUUCUACCCCCCUCGCGUUACAACCCUGCUGGCGGUCCGUGUCCCCAAGGGCCGGAGACAGACUCUGCGGUACGAUGACGGGUCGGACGAGACGUUGGAUGUGCCUCUGGGAACCACCGCGUUCGUCAGCGGCGAGAGGAUGUUCGACAUGCUGUCGGAAGAGGACAAAGAGUUUGUCCUCAGCAGUCGCGUGGAAUAUGCGCCUCAUCCCUACAUCUGGAUGAGCCCCGCGCGCGCCCUCCCUACAGGCCUCGGCCUCUACUCCGAGAACAAGGAACUACCCCCCUCGGAACUCCCCCCAAUCGACGAGUCCAAGAUCCAGGUCCUGCCGAUGGUCUGGAAGAACCCUCUCACCGGCAAGCCCGCCCUCCAGAUCCACCCCUCGGCCGUGCGCAAGAUCCAUCUCAAGGACGGCACGGUCAUCGAUGACCUGGCUCGGGUCCGGGCCAUCGUGUACAAGCUGCAGCGCCCGGCCAUCAGCCCCCCUCAUGUGUACCCCCACGACUGGGAGGAGGGUGAUCUGGUCCUGUUCCACAACCGCGGUGUGAUCCACUCCGUGGUGGGCGCAUUUGGCAAGGAUGAGGUGCGGCUGUUCCGCCAGUGCAAUCUCGCUGCGGGCGAGGCGCCUCUGGCGUAUGAGUGAGCGUUCAGUUGGGAUGAAUGAUACCUAGACCACAUAGAUUCCCCUAGAUUCAUGAAU